AUGUCAAGCAGUGACUGUGUGUUUUUUAAGGGAGGAAAACUUGAAGCACUGGGAAGUCAACUGGUUAUCAACUCGGUGAGAAGUAGUUUUCCGAGCCCAAAGAUUCCCUCAUUAUUCCCUCAUCAUCCCCCCCAUCCUUCCUUCAUCCCUCCCUCAUCCCUCCCUCAUCAUCCCCCCCAUCCUUCCUUCAUCCUUCCUUCAUCCCUCCCUCAUCCCUCCCUCAUCCUUCCCUCAUCCUUCCCUCAUCCCUCCCUCAUCCCUCCCCCAUCCUACCCUCAUCCUUCCCUCAUUACUCCCCCAUACUCCCCUCCGUAUUCCCUGAUCAUUCCCUUAUUCAUCCCUCCCUCAUCCCUCCCUCAUCCUACCCUAAUCAUUCCUUCAUUAUUCCCUCAUCCCUCCCUCAUCCUUCCCUCAUCCCUCCCUCAUCCCUCCCUCAUCCCUCCCUCAUCCUUCCCUCAUCCCUCCCUCAUCCCUCCCCCUUCCUUCCCUCAUCCCUCCCUCAUCCUUCUCUCAUCCCUCCCUCAUCCUUCCCUCAUCCUUCCCUCAUCCCUCCCUCAUCCUUCCCUCAUCCCUCCCUCAUCCCUCCCUCAUCCUUCCCUCAUCCCUCCCUCAUCCCUCCCUCAUCCUUCCCUCAUCCCUCCCUCAUCCUUCCCUCAUCCUUCCCUCAUCCCUCCCUCAUCCUUCCCUCAUCCCUCCCUCAUCCCUCCCUCAUCCUUCCCUCAUCCCUCCCUCAUCCCUCCCUCAUCCUUUCCCUCAUCCUUCCCUCAUUAUUCCCGCAUCCUUUCCCUCAUCCCUCUCUCAUCCUUCCCUCAUCCCUCCCUCAUCCCUCCCUCAUCCUACCCUCAUCCUUCUCUCAUCCUACCCUCAUCCUUCCCUCAUCCCUCCCUCAUCCCUCCCUCAUCCUUCCCUCAUCCCUCCCUCAUCCCUCCCUCAUCCCUCCCUCAUCCCUCCCUCAUCAUUCCCUCAUCCCUCCCUCAUCCUUCCCUCAUCCCUCCCUCAUCCCUCCCUCAUCAUUCCCUCAUCCCUCCCUCAUCAUUCCCUCAUCCCUCCCCCAUCCUUCCUCAUCCCUCCCUCAUCCCUCCCUCAUCCUUCCCUCAUCCUUCCCUCAUCCCUGCCUCGUCAUUCCCUCAUCCCUCCCCCAUCCUUCCCUCAUCCCUCCCUCAUCCUUCCCUCAUCCCUGCCUCGUCAUUCCCUCAUCCCUCCCCCAUCCUUCCCUCAUCCCUCCCUCAUCAUUCCCUCAUCCUUCCCUCAUCCCUCCCUCAUCCUUCCCUCAUCCCUCCCUCAUCCUUCCCUCAUCCCUCCCUCAUCCUUCCCUCAUCCUUCCCUCAUCCUUCCCUCAUCCCUCCCUCAUCCUACCCUCAUCCUACCCGCAUCCUUCCCUUAUCCCUCCCUCAUCCCUCCCUCAUCCUACCCUCAUCCUUCCCUCAUCCUACCCUCAUCCUUCCCUCAUCCCUCUCUCAUCCUACCCUCAUCCUACCCUCAUCCUUCCCCUCAUCCUAUCCUCAUCCUUCCCUCAUCCCUCCCUCAUCCCUCCCCCAUCCUUCCCUCAUCCCUCUCUCAUCAUUCCCUCAUCCUUCCCUCAUCCCUCCCUCAUCCUUCCCUCAUCCCUCCCUCAUCCUUCCCUCAUCCUUCCCUCAUCCUUCCCUCAUCCUUCCCUCAUCCUACUCUCAUCCUACCCUCAUCCUUCCCUCAUCCCUCACUCAUCCCUCCCUCAUCCUACCCUCAUCCUUCUCUCAUCCUACCCUCAUCCUUCUCUCAUCCCUCCCUCAUCCUACCCUCAUCCUACCCUCAUCCUUCCCUCAUCCUAUCCUCAUCCUUCCCUCAUCCCUCCCUCAUCCCUCCCACAUCCCUCCCCCAUCCCUCCCUCAUCCCUCCCUCAUCCCUCCCUCAUCCUUCCCUCAUCCCUCCCUCAUCCCUCCCCCAUCCUUCCCUCAUCCCUCCCUCAUCCUUCCCUCAUCCUUCCCUCAUCCUACCCUCAUCCUUCCCUCAUCCCUCCCUCAUCCCUCCCUCAUCCCUCCCUCAUCCUUCCCUCAUCCCUCCCUCAUCCCUCCCCCAUCCUUCCCUCAUCCUUCCCUCAUCCUUCCCUCAUCCCUGUCUCAUCAUUCCCUCAUCCCUCCCCCAUCCUUCCCUCAUCCCUCCCUCAUCCUUCCCUCAUCCCUGCCUCGUCAUUCCCUCAUCCCUCCCCCAUCCUUCCCUCAUCCCUCCCUCAUCCUUCCCUCAUCCCUGCCUCGUCAUUCCCUCAUCCCUCCCUCAUCCUUCCCUCAUCCUUCCCUCAUCCCUCCCUCAUCCCUCCCUCAUCCCUCCCUCAUCCUUCCCUCAUCCCUCCCUCAUCCCUCCCUCAUUCUUCCCUCAUCCUUCCCUCAUCCUUCCCUCAUCCCUCUCUCAUCCUACCCUCAUCCUACCCUCAUCCCUCCCUCAUCCUUCCCUCAUCCCUCCCUCAUCCUACCCUCAUCCUUCUCUCAUCCUACCCUCAUCCUUCCCUCAUCCCUCUCUCAUCCUACCCUCAUCCCUCUCUCAUCCCUCCCUCAUCCUACCCUCAUCCUUCCCUCAUCCCUCCCUCAUCAUCAGAGUGCAGUGUAUCUUAAAGGAACCAAAUGUAAUGUUUGUCUCUUAACAAACAAAACAUAG